AUGAAGAGAUUAGCAGAUUCAAUUAAUUUCAAUGAUAGAGAAGAAUCAGAGAAUAAAAAUAAAAAGAGAGUGACUAAAAUAAAGUCGGCUGCUCAGUUGCAAGAGGAGAUCAUUGGAAAGGAUGUACAGAAAGUAGUAGAGAAGAAAGAUAAUACAUUGAAUGUUCAGUUGUUACGUUCGAUAAUGGAUUCAUACUUGUCGGACGGUGCUAACAGUGAAUUGAUCACUACAUACAUUCCAGACAUCGUCGCAUUGCUCCACCAACAAGAUUGCUUAGAGUCAAUCAUUGCCGAUCACUCACAGGACAAGUUGAUCCAACAAUGGGUCACUCGUGUCUCGACAAUGGUGAAGGUAGGACACGGUCGUCUUACACUGGCCCUCUACUUAUUGCUCGAGACAAUCAGAGUUUGUGACUACGACCUAAUGCUACAACAUACAGAUCAAUGGAUACGUAUUCUCACUGGAUUAUCAACUCCAUCCACCAACAAUAACAACAAUAAAUCAUCCGAUUCAACAUUAAAUUCACGUGAUUAUAUCACUUCGAUUAUGGCACUUUCACUGCUUGUAGAGAAAGCUUCGAAAUGGAAUGAUCUUCGUCGUGCCAUCGUUGUAAAUGCUACACUCCAACAAAUAUUCACAACCAUUACACUUUCAUUAUCAUCACAACAACAAACUCAACAAUCUUUUGACAAUCAACAAUCUAAAAUCAGUAGUCUCAUUGCUCUAAAGACAUUGUUUGUUUCUUUGACCAGUUCAAUGCGUCCUUACUUAGCACGUACAGAAUCGAUUGCCUAUCCACUGCUUUUGAAGCCAGAUCCAAAGAUUCAAGAGUGUGCAGCUUCUCUCAUCGGUUCGUUGUCGUUAUCAGUCAGUUUGGCCAGUUCCGAUCUCUAUUGGGAUGUAGCGGUCCAACGUCUUAUUAUAGAGCUACACCAUCACGUAUCGAUAUUCUAUCAAGGUGUAGAGGAAAACUCGAAACAACAACAACAAUCCGAAGACUAUCCCAAAACAGUAGUUAUGCCAGCAUCCAAUAAGAUCGGAGCUGGUGAAGAUGCAAUCCUCACACAACUCAACCAUCUUGCCAACGUCGAACUUCCAAAGCUUCCAAACUCUGCAAACAAUCUAUUCCACACCCAACAACGUCUACAAGCAUUCAACGGACUUAUCAACUGUCUCAUCUCCAUACUCACAUCCACAACACAAUCAGCAUGUUCCAUUCCAAUCGAUCCAAUCAUCAAAUUGAUUUGUCGUAUCUUAAACACUGGAUUCACACAAAUUAGAUCAAGAUUAGAAUAUUCAGAUAUUGUUUAUGCACAAUUAGUUGCAGUAAUAGGUCAUUUACAUCAAUAUAGUUAUCAAUUGAUAUCGGUGAUGUCUCAGUGUUUUAGAAAGGCAUUGCUACCAUACUCUAAAACUAUUUCAUCGUUAUUGUUGCGUCCAUUGAGAAUGAGAGAAUCCUAUUCGAAUUCACAAAUUCAAUUGCAAGUUUACCAGUGUAUCUUGGAUGUGAUCGAGUCUUUGGGAUCUUCGUGUACCGAUACAUCCAACACAUCGACCAUCGAUAACGUUGACUCUACUCAUCUCCACAACCCAAUUGCCAACGAGAUUAGAACCAUUGCACUACAGGUAGCCAGUAAAGUUUUACUCUAUUGUGGUAGUUGUUUAUCAAUCUUGAGCAGUAGCAAUAACAAUAGCAAUAACAAUAGUAAUAGUAAUAAUGGUAAUAUUCUAAGAUUUGAAUUGGAUCAAACAGUAUUGUCUUUACUCUUGAAGUGUCAACAGUUACAACAAACAAAGAGACAGUCUGCCGUCUAUCAAGAUUCCAGUUACUCUGACUACAAGUACCGUGCUGCACUUUACAGUUGCUUGAGUGCCAGUGUCUUGCGUCCUAUCGGAUCAUUACCACCCGUUCUUCCCUACGCUCUGAGACUGCUCACCAUUGGAAUGAACGAUGAACAUCCCAAAGUCAGAUCGAAAUGCUCCAAAGGAUUGGCCAUCUCGCAAUCAUUGAUUCAUCCACAAGUACCAAACUUACAGGCUCCACCAAUGACCAGCAUCUCUUUGUCACAAUUAUCAGGUGGUAGUGGUUCCUCUACAACAAACGGUCAUUCUCUCUCCGGUGUCAACCAACAAGAUGAUUUCAUGAAGACAUUCCAACAGAUUGAAUCAUCAAACUAUCAACAGCAAAUGAAUGAGAUUAAUAAUAACGAUGAUGAUGAUGAAGAAGAAGAAGAAGAAGAGGGAUCAAAAGAUAAAUUAGAUAUUUCAUUGAAUGAUCUAUCAGAUGAAGAAGAUGACGACAACAAAGAAGAUCAAGAUAAUGUGGAGGAUGAUGAUGAUGAAGAAGAAGAGGAAGAUGAUGAUGAUGACAAUACAACAAAAACCAAAACAACUACUACCAAUUUAAUGAGCAAUAUGAAAACCAAUUUAUUCGAUCAAUCUUUAUUCAACAAACCAGUAUUAUCAACAAAAGAAUCAAGUAACAAUACAACAAAAUCAUCGACAACAACCACAUUAAUAUCAAAGAAACAAGAAGAUGACCUAGAAGAUGAUGAAGAUGAAGACCUACCAGAUUUAGUAGAUGAACCACCCUCAUCUGAAGAAGACGAUCAAUAA